UUUUUCGAUAGCAAACUCUACAACCAUCACUGAAAAACAAAACACAAAAUGAAAUAAGUUUAGUUUGUCUGCAAAACGUAAAUAGUGCAUCUUAACACCUUAUAACUGGAAAGGAAUAAAGAAUUUGGAAGUUAAAGUCGUUAGUCGCAAUGGGAAAAGAUUACUACAAAAUUCUGGGCCUUGAGCGGAACGCCACCAACGAGGAAAUAAAGAAGGGAUACCGCCGGAUGGCACUCCGUUACCAUCCGGACAAGAACGAUCACCCGCAGGCAGAGGAGCAAUUCAAGGAGGUGGUGGCCGCUUUUGAAGUUCUCUCGGACAAGGAAAAACGCGAAAUCUACGACCAAUUUGGGGAGGAGGGCCUACGGUGCGGAGAUGAGCAAAAUGCAGCGACCUUCGGCCAGCCCACGUCAGACAUGGUGCCUUUCAUGUGCGCUGUCGGAGGAACCGUGCUCUUUGCUUUUGCGGCGUAUAAAACGUUCCAAUUUUUCACACGAAAAAAGGAACCAGCUUCAAAUACAGAUGGGUCUUCGUCGGACUAACCUCUUCUACCGUAAAAAACAUUAAUUAGAAAUAAUUAUUUUUUCUUGGUAAUAUUUC